CGCGGCGCACCCCGUCGGCGGGCCCCGAAGCGAGGGAGGAGAGAAGGAGGGCGGGGAGGCCUGGCUGUUUGUGGCCACUCCUGGGAUCCAGGACGCCCGGCCCGGAGGCCGCCGGGAGGGCGGUGGGCAGGGGGCGCAGCCGCGCCUCUCGGCACCGCCGCUCCCGUAUACUUGUGCUCCUCGCGGCUGGGGCCCGGCCUGCGCCACGGUCUGCUUCGCCGCGCGGCCUCGGAGGCCGCCUGGGCCGCGACUCACGCAGGAGGCUGUGGGACGCCCGGGCCUCCCCCGGAGCCUGCGCGCCAGGCGGGCGCCGAGCGCGGGAGGAUCCCCGGGUCUCAUUUUGCACUUCUCAGGUUUUUAUAGAAUGUUGUAAACAGUUGUCCAAGUCGUUCUCCAAGACGCAGAACCGGUGUGGCUUCUUCCUAGUAAGGGAAACUUUUACAGUUGUGUUCAAUGCCUAACGUUGCAGAAACCGAAAGGUCCAGUGGUCCUGGAAAUGCUGAGCACAGAGCAGAGAGGAAGUCUCCAGAAGAGAAUCUACCAGGUGCUGUAGAGUCUUUCUGCACAAGUGCCUCGGGCACACCCUUGGGCCCCAAAGGAGGUGGCCAUUACCCCUGGAGCUGUCCAGUGACUCACACUAGGGAAAAAAUUUAUGCCAUCUGUUCAGACUAUGCCUUCCUUAACCAGGCAACCUCCAUCUACAAAAUUCCCAACCCCGCCCGCUCCUCUUGCCUUCCUGACAGCACCUCAUUGUCUGCUGGAAAUAAUUCGUCAAGGUACCUGGGUAUCUCCUCUAGUGCAUCGGAGAUAAUCUACAAUGAAGAAAACAGCUUGGAAAACUUAUCCAACAGCCUGGGCAAGCUACCUCUCGCGUGGGAAAUUGAUAAAUCUGAAUUUGACGGAGUGACCACAAAUUCAAAACACAAGUCAGGCAAUGCAAAGAAACAAGUUUCCAAGAAAAAAACAUCAGAUAAGAAGGGAAGGCAUCAGAGAGAGUGCCCCCAGCAUUCUCCCCUGGAAGAUAUUAAACAGCGGAAAGUAUUAGACCUCAGACGAUGGUACUGCAUAAGCCGACCACAGUAUAAGACUUCUUGUGGCAUCUCUUCAUUAAUUUCUUGUUGGAAUUUUUUAUACAGCACAAUGGGAGCUGGAAGCCUUCCACCUAUUACCCAAGAAGAGGCUUUACAUAUUUUGGGCUUUCAACCCCCAUUCGAAGAUAUUAGAUUUGGCCCUUUCACUGGAAAUACCACACUCAUGAGAUGGUUUAGACAAAUUAAUGACCAUUUCCAUGUAAAAGGAUGCUCUUAUGUUCUAUAUAAGCCCCAUGGGAAGAAUAAAACAGCUGGAGAAACUGCUUCAGGAGCCUUGUCAAAGUUAACACGUGGAUUGAAAGAUGAGUCGCUGGCUUAUAUCUAUCAUUGCCAGAAUCAUUAUUUUUGUCCAAUAGGCUUUGAAGCAACCCCAGUUAAAGCUAAUAAAGCAUUCAGCAGGGGUCCUCUCUCACCACAGGAAGUAGAAUAUUGGAUCUUAAUUGGAGAAUCAAGUAGGAAACAUCCUGCCAUUCACUGUAAAAAGUGGGCAGAUAUUGUUACUGAUCUAAACACUCAAAACCCAGAAUACCUAGAUAUCCGGCACUUAGAGAGAGGACUGCAGUUUCGAAAAACAAAGAAGGUUGGGGGGAAUUUGCAUUGCAUUAUCGCAUUCCAGAGACUCAGUUGGCAAAGAUUUGGCCUUUGGAACUUUCCAUUUGGAACCAUUAGACAAGAAUCCCAACCUCUAACACAUGCACAAGGAAUUGCCAAAUCUGAGAGUGAAGACAAUAUCUCCAAGAAGCAGCAUGGGCGUCUGGGCCGGUCCUUCAGUGCAAGUUUCCAUCAGGACUCCACUUGGAAGAAAAUGUCUAGUAUCCAUGAGAGAAGGAACAGUGGCUACCAGGGCUACAGUGAUUAUGAUGGGAAUGACUGAACUUGCUGGUGCUGACAACUGGUGUUAUCCAUGCAGUGAUUUGUACAGGACUACGUUAUGACAGUAGAAGAUUUAAUUGAGCCUACAUUAAUAGGAAUGGAUUUUGUGGUAAAAAGCAUAGCCCUGUAGUUCUCUAGUAAAUAGCCUUAUAUAUGAUUAUGAUGGAGGAUUUCAGACAUAUCAGCAGAUAAGCACAGAUCAUUGAUUGUCCUUUUAAAUGGAGAGUAUAUAAGCAAUCCGGAGACAAAGUUUCAUCAAAUCAGAUAAAAUUACAGCUGCUGCUAAACAAAAAUACAAAUUCACUUAACAGCAUUUACAUUUAAACUACUUACGCAUGAAGUGAUUUCUCAUGACAUGAUUCCUAGACAUUUGGUACGGAUUGUUGUAGUCCUAAGAUCAAGAUGUGAAGCGUUGUUUGCCCUUAAAAAAAAUGGGGCUGUUGAUUUCUAGUUUUUGCUUAUAGUUAAAGCUCAUUUUAAAUUAUUUUGUGAGUCUAGUAGUUCUUUCAUUUAUAAUAUCUUACUUGCCUCAUCUAUUUCCUGACUGUCUCAGGAUUCUCAAUAAAGAGGCAAAAGGGACAAGACUCAAAGGAUUGAUCUUUUCUAUGGGUCAAAUGGGUAACAGCGUUGGCUCAGAUAUUCUUGACUUUCUAUAUUUGGCAUGUUAGGAGUGAAUAUUGACAAAGAUCAUAGGUUUUGAAAGACUUGUGUAAGUGUAGAUAGGAAUAGAGUCAGAGAACAAGUUUUCCAUACUCAUAGUAAUCCUGUGCUGCCAGGUCUUCUGAACGGUCCCUUAAACACAGCCCUGUGCUAACAACUACAUUGCAGAUGUAUUAGGAAUGCCCAGGGCACUCAGAGGACAACUGUCUGUGUUCUAAAUGCUGAGCAGUUUCCUUUUUUGAAUCAUAUAGAUAAUUAGCUGUUUGAAGUGAGUGUUAACGAUUUCAGAAGUGUGGAUUUCGUAUACUUGAGCUCCUCUCUAGCUGCUGUCAGUUUUUCUGAUGCCGACCUGUGAUGCACAAAAACUUGGAUCUCUUGUUCUUUCAUUUCAGGGCUUUGUUCUAGGACUCAAAUCAGUAACUUGUUAAAUACAGGGUGCUGAAAAUGUUGGUAACCAUAUUGCAAUACACCUCGAAGAGAGGAUUCAGAUUUUUAUUUUUAAAAUGUGUUCCUUUUUUUCUCUUGAAUUUUAUAUCCAUCUGUCUACUCAUGUGUAGCCUACAGAAAGGGAUAUAUAUUAUGAAAUGGUCAUUUUUCUGAAGAGACUAUUUUGCUUGAAAUGCAAGUGACUGAAAGAGAUUUGUAGGUGGUUGAUUUUGUUACUUCAUACUGGAACUUUUAAAAAAGUUUUCAUCAAAUAAAGUUUUGUUUUCUACUUUUAA